GUAACUAGGAAGUAUGUACAGUAACCAGGAGAAACGGAGGUGUGUGUUGAUUUGUAUUUUUAACCGUUAGUCUUUGUGUUUAGUCGAUUAAGGCCACUUUCAACUGAACAAAUCUUUCCAGAACCGGCAGCUGUAGACUGUGAAGAGGCUGAACGAUGGCAUUACCUACUCUUUCCUCACACUGGCCCGGACGAAUCCGUCCUCUGGAUCGUCAGUUGGCACGUCAGAGAGAACAGGAGGCGCGACGUCUCCAACAGUGGCAGGCGCACUCACAAUAUUUUAAAGAGCAGAAUGUUCGCAGCAGUAAACAGGCACACUGGAGCUCCCGUCAGUCCUAUCAGCAGAGCAUGUCGGCGUUCCGACGUGAGCGCCUGCAGGAGGAGAGGAGGAGGAGCGUGGAGGUGCGCAGGGAGCGUCUGAGGAACAUGCUUCAGGAGGAGAAUGCACAGCUGGAGGAUGAGCUCCGAGCCUCCGCCCGAGACAGGGGUGCCACCCUCAGGCAGCAGCAGGAGAGGGCAGAGGAUCUGCGAGCAGCCCGAGAAGAGCGCAGGAAGAAGAUCGCACAGGAGCUUCUGAAGGAGACCUGGAAGAAGAACAAUCCAGAACUGCGUAUGGUGGAGUCAGAGCUGCAUAAAGAUCAUGUGGUGAGCCAGUGGCAGGUGCAACAGCAGCACAAAAAACAGGUAGAGGAGCAGAACAUGCAGGAGAGGCUGCGUUUUGAGAACGAGUAUGAGAGAAGCAGACGGGAGGCACUGGAGAGGAUGAAGGAGGAAGAAGAGAGGAGGAAGGAAAAAGAGAGGGAGAGAUUCGAGUUUCUGCGUCAACAGAUGGAGGAGCUCAAAGUCAGAGAUGAGGAGAGUCGGCGUCUGCAGCAGGAGGAGGAUGCUCUGCUGACCAAGCGGUUGGAGGUGGAGCAGCUGGAGGAGGACAGGAGGAGAGCCGAGGAAAGCCGGAAGAAAUCCGAGUUCGGACGUUUACUGAGUCGUCAGUAUCGAGCACAGCUGAAGAGACGAGCACAGCAAGUCCAGGAGGAACUGGAGGCGGAUCGGAGGAUCCUGGCUGCACUGAUGGAGGGUGAGGAGGAGGAACGGAGGGUGGAGAGUGCGAGGAGGGAGAGGGCGGUGGCUGAUGUGGCAUGGAUGAAGAGAGUUCUGGAGGAACAGCUGCAGCUGGAGAGAGAGCGAGAAGCAGAGUUUGACCUGCUCUACAGAGAGGAGGCACAGAGGGUGUGGGAUGAGCGUGAGGCUCAGUGGGAUAGGGAGAGGAGAGCCAGAGAAAGACUUAUGCACGAGGUGCUGAAUGUGCGUCAGGAGCAGCUGCAUGAGCGGAUGGAGGAGAAGCGCAGGGCUCGGGAGGAGUGCGAGAGGAGGAGGGUGGAGCUUCUACAGCAGCUGGAGGAGGAAGAGGAGGAGAAACGACAGCACAGGGAGCAGCAGGAGCAAAAACGCACCACACGCAUGCAGGACAUCAGCACUCAGGUGGAACAGAGACGCAGGGAGCAGUGGGAGGAGCAGCAGAGGCUUGAGCAGGAGGAGGCGGAGCUGAAGGAGGGGCUUAGGCUUGAGGAGGAGGAGCUUCGGCUGGAGACAGAGAGGAUGACUCGGCGUGGCUACGAGGAGAGGAUUCGCAGCAGGCCUCGUUCAGCCUGGACAUGAGGAGACGAGGACACACCCACCCUCGCACUGAUGCCCUCCGGUGUAGUUAGUGGUAUUUCUGUCUGUAGCACAGUGGCUCAGAUCAGGUAGUGUGUGUGUGUUUGUGAACAGUGGAUCAGGUGUGUGUCAGGACACAACACUCUUCACUCACAUGUACUGUGGUUUAUCAAUAAACUGUAAAUAUAUAAAAUAACUGAUUUGUCAGUUAGUGACAGUUCCAUCUGUCCUGUUUUUUACAAUUUGAUCAGCAUCCUACGAGACUAUAAACACUUCGAAACAGCUGCUUGAUAAAACAACAGUCAGUAUGCUGAACAGCAGCGUUUUAUAGUGUUUUACAACACCAGGGUGUGUCGUGUUUAAACCUUGUGUUAGAUCACUGUUGGCUGGCUUUAUAGCAGAACUCAAUGUUUUAUAGAAAUAAACAAAUAAAUUGUCUGUGUUUUGUA